UGCAGAGCAGAAGCAGAGCAAGGCACGCUUCACCUCCCAGCCCCGAUGGAACCGCCGGCGGCGAGCUCCGGCGAACCCUCUCUUGGCCCCUUACCGAGCCUCCCCGGUACUCCUCUCACGCGCCACAACCUCGCUUCUCUGAGAUCCCUCGUCAUCAACCCUUCGACGCCGAUCUCCUUGAUCGCCUCCGUCUUCGAAGCCCUAAGUCGCCAUCUCGAGCACGGCCGCGACCCCCUCCUGCUACCGCACGCCCUCAAGCUCCUCUCCGAGCUCGCCUCCCACCGCCCUGGCCUCCCGCGCGCCGUCUUCGACUGCGUGCGCUCGCGCCUGUUCUCGUCCGAGUCGGCGCGCGCCGCGGCCGAGUCCCUCGACGCCCUUGCGCUCGUAGCGGAGCGAGAUGAAUCCCUUUCUUCUUCCUUGGGUGGCCAGUUCGAUAGCUUCUUCGUCUCGCUCUGCUUCGAUCGCUCCGUGUCUGUGCGGCGAUGGCUUCUCCGAAACGCCGAGAGGUUCGGUGUUGGGCCUCACGUGCUGAUCACCGUGUUCCUAGGGUUCACGAAGGAUCCGUAUCCAUGCGUCAGGGAAGCUGCUUUGGACGGAUUGGUCAAUCUAAGCAAGUCGAGUGUUUUUGAGGAUCGUGGUCUUGUUGAAGGAUGCUAUAAUCGUGCCGUGGAGCUCUUGGGGGAUGUGGAAGAUUGUGUAAGGUGUGCUGCUGUUCGAACGGUCAGUGACUGGGGGCAUAUUCUUGUAGCAUCUAUGCAGGGGACAGAAAAGAGAGAGCAGUCAGAUGCAAUAUUUAUCCAGCUUUGUUCUAUGGUCAGAGAUAUGAGUAUGGAGGUUAGGGUUGAAGCAUUUGUUGCCCUUGGGAAGACACAAACCGUUUCUUUGAAGAAUCUGUUACAAAGCUUAUCUAAGAAGGUCCUAGGUAGUAUGAAAGAGAAGAGAUCUGUGUGUCAAUUGACAGGACCAAUUGAACUGUCCGCAUCAAGUGUUGCAGGUGCUUUAGUGCAUGGCUUUGAAGAUGAAUAUUAUGAGGUCCGAAGGUCUGUUUGCGACUCCAUGCGAAGGUUAUGCAUGAUUUCUUCUGAAUUUUCUGGUGAGGCUAUAAAUUUGUUGAUGGAUAUGCUAAAUGACGAUUCAGUGAUCGUCCGCUUAAAAGCUUUGGAAACGAUGCGUCAUAUGGCAACCUGUGAUCAUCUUAGUUUGGAAGUAAUGCACAUGCACAUGUUCCUUGGAACUCUUGUUGAUAAAAAUGAAUUGGUACGAGCUGCAGUGAGGAAAGUACUUAGAUUUGUGAAGUUGCGCGAUCUGGAGCUUUUUAAAUUAUCUGUUAAUGGCCUUAUAGAGAAUCUGGAGACAUAUCCUCAGGAUGAAGUUGACAUAUUCUCGGUACUCUUCCAUGUUGGUCAACGGCAUGGGAACUUUGUAGCUUGCUUUAUCCAUGAAGUUUUUCAUGAGAUGGAGCCUUCUUCUGAUGGCAAGUUGAGCUUUGAUUGUGCCAGAGUAGCUGCUUUGCUUGUAUUAUCCAUCUCGGCCCCUAUCUUUGCUGAACAAAAUAUUGGUGAAAUUCCUCCGAGAGUUUUUUCUUAUGCAGUUACCCUUUUGGGGAGGAUCUCUCAUGCUGUUGGGGAUGUUACUAGUCAAAAUGCCCUAUUCGCAUAUUUUUCUCAGGGAAGUAGUUGCAUGGAAGAUAACAUUUCUGAAUAUGGAGAGCAGAUAUUAGCGAAUAUGGGUAAAGAUGGGGCUGCAAGUUUAGCUAGCAACGAGAUAAAUGAUCUUGAUCAGUUUCCUCUGGGGGAAGCUAGCUUUGAGCACACGAAGACGUAUGCCCGGAAAUUCUGGCAGCCAACGGAGGAACCAAAGUUAACUGCAGAACAGCUACAGAUUCAUGAUGAUUUGACUGAGUCCCUGAAUGGUAUCUUUACCAAGGUCAAAGCCAUCUGGCACUUGGUAAAAGCAGGUUUUACAAAUGAAGUAUUGAAGAUUUUAAGGGUUUGUGAGGAAGAGCUGGAGACACUAGAGACAAAAUGCAUGGGUUCUCCAGCAUUAGCAUUCACUUUGCAAUAUAUAAGGGCUUUGAAGUUGCUUGCUAGCGUUUGGUCCUAUUUUCAUCCCACCUUUGGUCAGUGUUGUAGAGUAGUUGGUCAGCUGGACAUUCUACUGGUAAAGCUAGAGAGGACACUCAGGGAUAUGAAGUGCAGGUUCACAGGGUUGUCUAAAGAAGAUGAGUUGUACCUCAUGGAGCUUACAAGUGUUUCCUUGACAUUGAAUUUAUCAAUAUUAAUGACAGGCUGCAGCUAUAUUGUUAAUUUGAAAAGGCUAGCAGCUGUAUUGUCACAGGUGGAGUGCCUUCAACAAGAACUUGGUGUUGAGCCAUCUUCUUUCCUAUCUGAACUGAAGAAGUCAAUGCCUGAUAUUCAUUCUGCUGCAGGCAGCAUGUUUUCCCUUCCCCAUUUCUUAGGGAAGAUGCUUGAUGCUUUCUCUCUUAAGCAAUUUGAGCUCUCAAGAACACUCCUGAGCUUAUUUGCAGAAAUUACUGUCCCUGAUAAUGAUUCAGAAAACCCUAUUCAUUUUAUUCAUGGUUUACCUGUUGGUAUACGACUAGAGAUUACUUUGCGCAACAUCUCCAGGGAGAAUAGACUGUGGCUAGAGAUGACGAUGGGAAAAGAGUCAAAGCAGUUUAUCUUUCUGGACCUGAAGUUGUUUGGAGGAUCCAAUGAGUUGAGGAAAGUGACCUAUUUUGCUACCUAUUACAAAACUCCAAAAGCAGUGUCAUUCUCCUUGAGAGUUUGUAUUGGAGUGGCAUGUCUCCCUGAUGAUAUUCAUGCAGGCAUGAAUAAUGGGGGACCAAAACGUGAAUUGACUUAUCUUUCUCCUGAAAGAGAAGUCUACUUUUCUGCUGAAUCUCAGAAGUUAACUUGAGCAAUCGAGGUGUUAGACCAUUAUUGUCAAAGCAUGUGCACCGUGUGAAUAUCGUCUUCAUCAUCAAGAGCAGCACUAGGCGCUGCUAUCAUAUUUAGACUCUGGGAAGCUUCUAAAUGAGCAACAAGAAGUUCAUUUCUUAGAGACGUAUGUUUAACCUUACAUUACAUCUGUUGAAUUGCUUGUUAAUUCACAGUAUGCAAUUUCAAGUACAGAAGAUUUUAGACUAAGAUUGUAGAUCCUGUCCUGUAAGUUGUCUAUUCUGGCAGUUUGUGACUAAUCCAUUAUAGGGAUAUGAACAACAUUGAUGGUAGAUAAAGGAGAGGAAUUAUCUCCAAGAAUCAAGGCAAAGGUAGAGUAAGCAAAGAUGUCUAGGUUGCAAGAGCAUGUAUUAGGUAUGAGUUUGAAGUUGAUUUUGAUGAUGAUAGAUUUGUGGCAGAUUUGGGAGGGAGGACAAGUGAUUGUAGACAGUGGGAUAUCUCAAGAAUACACUGUAGCCAUAUGUAUUAAUUACGUGAAGUACGAGGUUAAUCAUUAUGUUGAUGAUUGUUUGAAGAAAGAUGCAUACGAAAAUGUUACCAAUUUUUAUUGCCAACAUUGAAUGGGAAGAAAUAUGUGGCUAGUGUCCACUGAAGAGCUGAUGUUGCCUCCUCCAUUCAGAAAGCUUCCAGGGAGGCCCAGGAAAGAGUGCAAUAAUUCCAAAGGGUGAAAAGGGGAGACCAAGAAAACAUCUGAGACCAGCCAAGGUGGAAGGGACAAUCUAGCAGACAAGCAGAUACUAAUACAAGAACUGGAGCUGUCAGUUCCCAAUCCAAUGUUAGUCGAUCUGAGAGAUAAAA